CAGCUGACUGCGUGCACUUGGCGACGUAACUUGGUUUGUUUUGUUGUUGUUGUUCCGGAUUGGAGCAGAGCGGCUUGGCUUUGGUUUAGGUUUUUGGGAAAACCAGUUUUGUGGAAGUGGAAGCGGCCAACUUGAGCUUGGGCAGCAACUGCAACGGCAUCGGCAUCUCGGCGGCGAUAUUUCAAAGCUGGCGAAAAGAAAGUUUUGACGCAAUCCACGGGCCGCUGCCUGUAAUGAAGAAGCGUCGCCGCCGCAGUAACUGCUGCACUCUGCCCGCGAACGGACGCAUCUGCUCCAGCAGCAUCGGAAUUUCGGAACUGGACAACAACGGUCGGCGAACAACAACGAGGCGCCGAACAACAAAAGCGGGAAAAAGUGAAAUCGCUGAUAAACCCGAAUACCCCCAGACCAUUGUCAAUCAAUGAAUGGCCGCCUGAACCUGGAGUCUAUCUUGGCAGCUCCGCGAAUUGGCGCGCACUUGGGCAUAGCUGAGAUAAUAGUGAAGUAAUCGCAACGACAUCCCCACGCUCCGCUGAGCAUGACACUUGUAAGUGCCCCAUCCUCCAAACUCACUCCUACUAUUU